AUGAAGUUCAUGAAACUUGGGACAAAGUCAGAUACUUUCUUCACUGAACAAUCCAACAGGAGGACAUUGACAUCGGAUAUACCGUCUGACAUUGUAAUACAAAUCAAUGAUGUUACUUAUCUUCUGCACAAGGAUGCGCUUCUUCCAAAAUGCGGUCUCCUACGAAGGCUUUGCGACGAAUCUAAUGAUUCAGAGAGUGUCAAUAUGGAGCUUCAUGAUAUACCUGGAGGGAAAGAAGCUUUUGAAUUCUGUGCCAAGUUUUGUUAUGGAAUUUCUAUUGAAAUUAGUGCUCAUAGCUUUGUACCUGCAUUUUGUGCUGCCAAGUUCCUUAUAAUGAAUGAAUCCGUUGCCAAGGGAAACUUUGAAGGAAAACUUGAGGUUUUCUUCAACUCGUUCAUUCUUGAAAGCUGGAGAGAUCCCAUUGCAACCCUUCAGAGUACUGUUACAUUACCAGAGUGGUCUGAGAAUCUCGGUAUUGUCAAAAAGUGCAUUGAUUCCAUCAUUGAGAAAAUUCUCAUACCCUCGUACGAGGUUAAUUGGUCUUUCACCUACUCUAGACCCGGUUACACGAAAAAACAGUACCAUCCUGUCCCAAAGGAUUGGUGGACUGAGGAUGUUUCUGAUCUCGACAUAGAUCUUUUCCGGUGCUUAAUAAUGAUUAUUCAAUCAACCUACGUGCAUCCUCCUCAGCUUAUCGGCGAAGCUUUACAUGUCUACGCGUGUCGGUGGCUUCCGGACAUCACAAAGGUUAAUAAAAGUUCAGACAGUUCAGCAUCUCAAACAGAAGAAUCUAAGGUGAAAAAUAGGAAAAUUCUUGAAACAAUUGUAAGUAUGAUUCCGGUGGAUAAAGGGUCGGUUUUAGUUGGUUUCUUGUUUAGACUUCUCGGCAUUUCAGUCCAUUUGAAUGCCUCGUUAAUGGUAAAGACAGAACUAAUAAGGAGAGCUAGCUUACAGUUUGAAGAGGCAACAUUGAGCGACCUUGUUUAUCCUUCAAAAUCCUCUUCCGACCGGUAUUAUUACGAUAUUGAUUUAGUUCAAGCCGUGUUGGAAACUUUCCUAAAGCAAUGGAAAAGAAUGUCCCCUAGUGCUGUGGAUAACAACUACUUAUUCAAAUCAAUCAGAAAUAUCGGAAAACUCAUAGAUUCCUAUCUUCAAGUGGUUGCUAUGGAUGAUAAUAUGCAAGUCUCAAAGUUUGUUUCUCUUGCUGAAACCGUGCCGAGCAUUGCUCGAGUUGACCACGAUUAUCUAUACAAGGCAAUUGACAUCUACCUUAAGGUACAUCCUGAUAUGAGUAAGGCAGACAAGAAGAAACUGUGUGGGAUCCUAGAUUGCCAGAAGCUUACCCCGGAAAUGUGCCACCAAGCCGUGAAGAACGAGCUUCUGCCGUUAAGAACUGUAGUGCAGGUUCUGUACUUUGAACAAGAGAAAUUAUCAAUGGCAAACACAAGUCAAAGAAUGGAUGCAAAUUUGGCAUUGGAAUUGGAAAAAAAGAUGGGAAUAUGA